AAAGGACAUGAGAAGCCACUUAGCGCGCCCAACAAAGCCGAGAGUCUCUCCAGUCCAGUGUCUCUCAGCUCCUCUAUAUGUGUGUGUCAGUGUGUGUGUGUGUGUGUGUUUGUAUCUUUGUAUCUGUGUUAUAUACAUCCAAUGGCCUGAGGGAUGCAGAUGCAGAUACUUUUGACUCUCCGCCUCUAUAGGAGUUAGUGUGUUAGUGUGUGUGGUUUUUGGUACUUUUCUGCUGUUGGCCGACUUGGUCUCGUGUCGAGUUCUUGAUGCCUCGUUAGUUGUUGAUGACACUUCAGUUUGGAAUGUUUAGAGUGCGCUCCGAUCCGUGCCAGAUUCCAAAAAAAAAAUAAAAAAAAUAUAGAAUUUAAAAACAAAACACCAAGUGACCCCCUGAACUAUGACACCGGACCACUGCUAGACUCUAGACUUCUGUUCCAAGGAUACUCCCAGUGACUGUGUGACUCUUUCUAUAUAUUUUUUUUAAAGUGUAAUCACCAAAAACCCUUAAUUUUAAAUCAAAAAUUAUAAAAAAUAUAAAAAAGAAAAUCCUUCAAAGUGGCGGAAAAACGGAAAAGUCCGCCCACGCCGCCGCCAGUGCCGCCGCAGCGUCGAAAAUCAAAUUCCGGAUCUCCACCGCCGCCUCCGGCGCCAAAUCCGGCAUCCGGCAGCGAGAUGACCAGUUCCGGAUCCUUGGAAAGGACACCCACGAAGCGGGAGCGGGGUGAGAGGGAGAGAGAACGCGAAAGGGACAAUAGCAGCGGACUGGGAAGCGCCGGCAGCUUGCCCGCCUCGCCCCAAAGCGCCAUCACCGUGAGUCCUGCCUCCCCGGCCACGCCCACCACACCGAAACGCCCACUACGCACCUCCACUCCUUCUCUGGAACGCGAGAGGGAGCGAGAGAGUCAACGGGAAAAGGAGAAGGAGCGAGAGAGGGAGCGAGAAAGGGAUCAGGAUCGUGAGGAUCGGGAUAGAUCCGCCAAAGUCUUCAGCACCGCCAGCACCACCGUGCCCACUAACACGAAUCCCUCCUCCGGACUGGCGCCCGAGCAUCUGCGCAUCCCGACGGGAGCCGCCGCCUUCAGCGGCUUCCCAGGACUCCACAGCAUGAGCAGCCUGAUGGUGCCCUCCUCGGCGGCGGUGGCGGCGGCGGCGGCAGCCCCCUUCCUGCCCUGGUCGCCCAUACUGCUGCCGCCGUGGAGCCACGCCCUCCUGCCAGCCGCCUUCUAUCCGGCGGCCUUGAGAAAUGCUCUGCCCGGCCUGUUCGACGCCAAGGUGCCGUCCUCACAACGCUCCGGCUUCCACAUAUCGGACAUCCUCAACCUGGAGGGCUCCGAGCUGAAGAACGCGGCCGCCGCCGCCGCUGCCGCCGCCCACCAUCACGGCAGCGAUCUGAGCCACCACCUCCCGCACCACCUGCCUCACCACCCCCACCACCAUGCCGCAGCGGCAGCCGUGGCGGCGGCGGCGUCAGCGGGCGAGUCGGCAGGCCAUGCCACGCCCUCGGCCCUGUCGCCCACGCCAGCAGGAGGAUCGACGGCUGGCUCUGCGACGGGGACAGGAGCGGGAGCUGGAGCAGGAGCCGGAGGAGCUGGGGAGGAUCAUCAUCCAGGAUCGGUGGAGCAUCACACCACCGAGCAUCAUGCCCCGCCGCAGCAGCAUCCGCACCACCCCCACCAGCAGCACCAGCACCUGCAGCACCACCAGGGCCAGCCACCAUCCCAAGGACAAGGCCAGCAUCCGCACCACCAGCAGGCGGUGGCGCCACUCCCCCUGCCCCAUCAUCAGGGGGUAGGGGCGGGCGGUGAUGUCAGCCACGCCCAUCAUGCCGCUGCCGCCCAACUCCUGGCCAGCCACAAUGCAGCCGCUGCAGCGGCAGUGGCCGCCGGGCAGUAUCUUCCGAAUCUGCCGAAGAGCUUCGCGGGGAGCUUCCAGGACGAGAUGUCCUCGUACCACCACAUGGCCCAGACGAUGCUGCAGCACUCGGGGCGGAAUGCCUGGAUUAAAGAGAACGAGAUAUACGGCAACCAACAGCCCGCCAGCCCCGACAGCACCUCCCCAGUGACCUCGGAGGUGUCCUACACCUACAUCGGAUCCAACUGCCAGACCUCGCCGGCCCUCUCCGGGGACUACAAGUCCUACAGCCGGUCGGCGGACAGCGACGCCCUCUCCGUGGGCGAUGCCCUCAACUCGAUGCACGGCCCGCCCGGCGGAGCUUCGGCCGCCGGAGGUCCUUCUGCCGCCCAUCUCCUCCACAAUAACAACAACAAUACAACAAACAACAACAACAAUAGCCUGAAACACGACGGGAUGAAUGGUGGAGGAGGAGGAGGAGGAAGCAGCAACCACGAUGAUAGUUUGAACGAGGAUGGGAUCGAGGAGGAUAUCGAUGAUGUGGACGAUCCGGACGGAAGUGGAGGAGGAGGUGGUGGCUCCGGGGACGGAAUGCCGAAUAAGAAGCGGAAGCGCCGAGUCCUCUUCACCAAAGCUCAGACAUACGAGCUGGAGCGGCGAUUCCGGCAGCAGCGAUACUUGAGCGCCCCGGAACGGGAGCACCUGGCCAGCCUGAUCCGGCUGACGCCCACCCAGGUGAAGAUCUGGUUCCAGAACCAUCGCUACAAGACCAAGCGGGCCCAGAACGAGAAGGGCUACGAAGGACAUCCCGGGCUGUUGCACGGCCAUGCCACCCAUCCCCAUCAUCCGUCGGCCCUGCCCUCGCCCCGCCGCGUGGCCGUGCCGGUGCUGGUCCGGAACGGUAAGCCCUGCCUGGGCGAUCCCACCUCCAAGCUGGGACCGGACUGUGUCUCCUCGGCGACGGCCACCGCCAUGCAGAACGCGGCCGCUGCCCACCACCUGGUGGCGCUGAAUGGGGCGGCCGCCUAUCAGCAUGCCGCCGCCGCUGCCGCCGGCCUCCAUGCCCACGCCCAUGGAAUGGCCCACGCCCAUGCCCAGCACGCCCACGCCCAGGCGCGCUGGUGGCCCUAAUAUUGUUAGUAGGGGCCUGGCGCCACUCGAAUAGCUAAAAAAAAAAAACAAACACCAAUGGGUUAAAUGCAAUAUUGAAAAGAAAAAUAUAUAUCUGGAGGGGAGUAGGAGAAGUAUCGGGUUUUAAGAAGAAGUUACAAAAUAAUAAUACACAAGAUGAAGCCAAAAAAAAUAUAAAAAAACUAAAACUUAGAGCACAACUAGUUGGUAGCUGACACAUUCCUGUAAAUAGGUUAGCGAGGACAUCUUCCAUACGAAGUAUGACCCAAAAAAAAAAUAAUAAUAGCCAGUAACUGAAAACUUAGUCAGGGGUUUUAAAAAUUCAAAAAAAUAAAAAAAAGACAGGACGACAAGGAGGGGAGUUCCAAAAACCCAAAUUUCAAAAGCAAUACUUCCAAGAGAGAGGGUUUCUGGGAGAAGACCUUCCUUCCAACUUCAGUCGUUUCUUGUCGAGAUUCCCCCC